AUCUUUAAUACUCUUUUCAUUAUUUCGCAGUCUUCUCCACUCCAAACUCGCCGUUAACUCGUCUCCUUCCUUUUCCGCCUGCGCUCUGCCGCAGCACCGAUGGAGCUUGGCUUGAGCUUAGGCGACACUCCCGAACCCUUCCGUUUCGUCGACAAGCAACCGCAACCUCAGCGCGGGCUUUCCCGUCCAGAUUUAGGGUUCUGCGUCGACUUAUCGAUCGGCCGUACUAUCGCCGGAGAUAAAGAAGGCGACGAAGAAAAACCUAAUCAGAGAGAAGAGGAAUCUGACGGCAAUGAAGAUCCACCGAUCCAACUCGAUCUUCUCCCUCGCAAUCCUGUUCAACGGAACCUAACAAAUCCAUACCAAGGAUUUCCAUGGCCGUCGUCCGAAAACGACGAAGUUGAAGACCGAUCCGCAUCGCCGAACAGCGCAGCGUCGUCGUUUCAAAUGGAAUUUGGAUUGUACGGCGGCGGAGGGAACAUUUCUACACGGAUAGAUCAAAUGAAAAAUAGCGUGGUAAACGAAGUAGGUGAAUCUGAGCGAGCGUCUUCUCGAGCGAGCGAUGAAGACGAAAAUGGCUCCACGAGGAAGAAACUCAGAUUGUCGAAAGACCAAUCCGCUUACCUCGAAGAAAGCUUCAAAGAACACAACACCUUGAAUCCAAAACAAAAACUGGCGCUGGCUAAGCAACUGAAUCUUCGUCCGCGCCAAGUGGAAGUUUGGUUCCAAAACAGAAGAGCCAGGACGAAAUUGAAGCAAACGGAGGUGGAUUGUGAGUAUUUGAAAAGAUGCUGUGAGACAUUAACAGAAGAGAACAGACGGCUACAAAAGGAGCUUCAAGAAUUAAGAGCUCUGAAGACCACGAACUCAUUCUACAUGCAAUUACCAGCCACCACACUCACCAUGUGCCCAUCAUGUGAAAGAGUCACCUCCUCCGUCGCCACAGCCACCGACGGCGGAGGAAAACUACCUGGUUUCGCCAUUUCUGGUGGCGCAAGCUCCUCUUUCCCAUUUUCUGCAAAAACGCAGACCCACCAGUCAACAACUUCAUGAUAAGGAGAUAUGGGUUAAGGCGAAUCAUGAUGGUGCUCCCUUUUCUGUACAUAAAACCCUUUCCCCCCCCCCCAAAAAAAAAAAAAA